AUGUCGAAGUCAGGGGGAAGUCUGUGGAACCUUGAGGACCUGAGAAUAGAUGAAGAGUUAAUAAAAAGGGCUGGAAUAGGGAGGGGAAAUAAAACGGGAGUCGUGCACAACAGUAGCGUAAACAUGGAUGUGGAUAGCAGGCCAGAUCGCGCGCUAGUGGACUCGAAAGCAAAAAAAAGGAAGAGGACCGAGGUUCCAGACCGCUCUUCUGAGCAGUCCACAGACGAACGGCCGCUUGCCAAAUGUGGCUCCGAUAAGAGAGGAGGCCGGCAGAUAGCAAACGCCGACAAGAAGGUCAUCGAGGAAACAAGGAAGAAACUCGAUGAAUGGCUGAGUCUUGAGCUUGCCUCCGCGAUUGAGUCGGAGGCGGACAACCCGUCAUCCCCUCUGACCCAAAUGAUCCAACGGGCGGCUGUCACAUAUAUUGAUAAAAUCAAUCGGAUCAGGGAGGAAGGGAAAGAGAUACCGACCCCUAAGCGCCCUCCGCCAAAGGCUGAGGCUAAGAAGAAGGAAAGGGAGCCCAGACCUACUCUCAGCCAGGUGGUGGCUGGUACGGAAAAGGAGAAGGAAACUAAUAAGAAGGGGCAAGAAGACACCACUCGAGGGCCGUCUGAGCAACCCAGGAGGGCGCAAAACGAAGGGUGGACCGAAGCGAGGAAAGCGAUUGAACUGAAGGAGCUCGACAUCGGUAAUGUUGAUAUCCGAAACUCAGUUGGCGGCAACAGGAUCAUCGAAGUCGUUGGGGCCACUAACGCUGAAAAGUCGGACAAGCUGGCGGUCAAAUUACGGGAGGUGUUGGAGAACAGGGCGACAGUCACACGCCCCAUAAAACGCGCAGACUUAAGAGUGAGUGGGCUGGACGACUAA